GCAGGAUGCUACUGAAUAAGCGCCUGGACCCUGGACAUAGCUAAGACCAGACUUAGAAAAGCCCACGAGGUCCGAACGGGAGGCCAGAAGCCUGAAUGCAAACCCAGUGGAAGACGACUACUUCUCUCAUGUCUCGUACAUGUUCAGCUUCCUGCGUGUGAAAUGGUUAAAGAUAUGGGCUCAGGAAAUCUCCCAGGCAGAAAUGGAGCUGGGGAUCACUCAGAGCCUGUUCGCUCGCCAGUCACAGAACGCCAGGCAAAUCCUUGAAGGAAUCGGCAACAUUCAUAUCAACCACAUGAGGAGCCUGGCUGACUUUGUGGAGGCUCAGGCCUUUUAUUUCGCUCAGUGCCACCAACACGCACAGGAGCUUCAGAGACAACUGGCCAGCAUUCCAGCUGUGCUCUGCUCCAAUAACUGGCAGUCAGCAAGUAGUAAUGGGUCCAAUCAGGCAUCGGUAGACAACCGUGCAGCCAACGAGUCCAUCAGGUCCAAUCAGGUCACUUCACUUCCCAUAGUCGUCCACCAUCUCCCAGACUUCGACCAAGACUCGUGGACUACAAACCCCCAGACUGGAACGGAGAAUACACUAACAGAUUCCUUCAUACCCACACAAUCACCCGGCCAAACAAACAACAACAACAACAACAACAUCCUCACUGACGUCCAGCUGGCCUGUCCUUCAUCCAGUGAUCUCACACCUUCAGCAGAUCAGCCCCUAAACGUGGCCGCUCACAGGACCCUUAGACACACACUGACGUUAAGUGCGAUGACGACACCAGGUUCCCAGCAUUCACAGCUCAGCACGUCUGUGGACGGGGCCGCAGCUGGUGAGACCGCGCCCACCAGUGACAGCCCACCUAGUGAGGGAGUUAAUCCAGAGUCUUUAUCAGACCAGUAGGACGAGACCGGGUCAGCUGGAUGACACAUGGUACAGUUACAUAUGUGGGUAGUUUAAUUAAGAAUUAAAUCCAUAGAGGGUGUGAAGUGCUUACUUUUCCAGUAGUGCCACAUUAAUUUCAGCCUUUAGCCAUAUAUGAAUUUCUGUGAAAAGAAAUGUUUAUUAUGUAAAAUCAGGAAACUAAUGAAGCUUUGUGCCAAGUGUGUGUGUAGAUGAGAUGUGUCAGCCGUCCGUUGUGUUUACACCUCCCCUCAAACCUGUAGCACCUUUAUAAAGACGUGACCUUUUGCCAGUUGACAUCAUUUCCCAUGUGCAGCGUGUCAUUUGCCAGAGGGUUUAAGAAAAACACCAAACUCAACUGGACCCUUGUGUUCAUAUCUAAUCUGGGCGUCUCCCGUACACACACUCUCCGGACCCAGAGGUUGAAUUGUAGCGGUGUCCAGGUGUUGUGAAUUAUCCCAGUGAGGGGUGUGGGUUCGUUUUGGGCAGCCUGAGUUGGUCCCACUGAUGCAGUCACCCUCCACCUCUGUGCUCUGUCAGCAGUUUAGAUAGUAGCAGCUCUCACGGCUGCUACCUUAAUCCACCGCUGAGUCACGUGUCGUACGGUGAUGUCAGUUGUUAAUGUGGAAAUAAACCUGUAACCUGUGACGUCAUAGCA